UGCGAGUAUUGUUAUAUCGAUGAACUCACAUCCGUCCCGUAUGCACCCGAGUAAGACCCGAGAUUAUCCGAUUAUUCACGAUAACGUGCUCGUUACCUCUCGUCGAAUGCACUUUCCAAAUAAGCGGGAAAUUCAAAUAAACUUAUUCAGCUCUAAUGAUGAUGUCUAGUGUACUAAUUCGGUACGCGACUAUACGACUAUUUUUGCGCCCAACCUCGCCGACUGUUCACAGGAGGAUCUAUGUACAAUACGCACGCCAAUUCGACGAGGAAAAAACAGCAAAGCUUUAUAGGAACAUAAAGAAGACGCUUCAAGAGGUGCAACAAAUCGCCAGCGAGGUAAAUUGUAAUUAUAAAGAACUCGAAGAGAACAUGAACCGUGCAGCGCGACUCAUCACAGCAAUCCAAAUCUGUAAAAGGCGAGAGGCUGAAGCGACGGCAUUGACCGAAACAAAUGACUAAAACUGUAAUAAAAGGAAUUUAUUCAAUUAAUAAAUAAUCAAAUUCCUAUUCUU